AUGAAGCCGAGGGGACAAGGGAUUUCCUUUUGUAAACCAAAGGAGAUAGAGAAGAUUAUGCAGGCGUUUCCUGUUUUUGAGGACGCAAAUCAACAAAGAUAUUAUGAACCACUGAAGCAUCAGCAAUUAAAAGACUUAGCUGAGUCCGUGAGGACUUAUGGGAUAAAUGCUUCCUUUACCCAGGCCCAAGUCGACAGAUUAGCUUACAUGGCCAUGACACCCACGGAUUGGUAUAGUACCAUAAGGGCUUGCCUUUCUAUGGGACAAUAUCUAGAUUGGAAAUCUAUUUUUCAAGAUGCCUGCACAGCGCAGGCGAGGAAUAAUGCAUUGCAGGGACAGCCCCAUUGGGAUUAUGAUAUGUUGACAGGGCAGGGGCAAUGGAGCGUUAAUCAGACAGCGUUCCCAGUUCAAGUGUAUGAGCAAAUAAACAAGCUUGCAGUUAAGGCUUGGAAGAGCCUCCCGAAUAAGGGGGAAGUCUCAGGGAACUUAACUAAGGUGAUUCAGGGACCCACGGAACCAUUCUCAGACUUUGUAGCCCGAAUGAUGGAAGCGGCAGGCAGGAUUUUCGGGGAUGCAGAAGCAGCCAUGCCCCUGGUGGAACAGUUGAUUUUUGAACAGUGUACUAAGGAGUGCAGGAAUGCAAUCACCCCUUGGAAAGGGAAGGGAUUAAAUGCAUGGAUGAAAGCGUGUAGGGAAAUAGGUGGCCCACUAACCAACUCAGGCAUAGCAGCAGCAGUGCUCGCGGCGCAGAGAUCGCGCGACGUCACCUGCUUCAAUUGCGGCCGCAAGGGUCAUAUCAGAAGGCAAUGUAAGCAAUCCAAUAGAAUGAAUUCCCCGAGGAAGGUACCUGACAUUUGCCCAAAGUGUGGCAAAGGGAGACAUUGGGCUAAUGAAUGCAGAUCUGUAAAAGAUAUUAAAGGAAAGAUCAUAUCAAGGAAUGCGGGUGAGCCGCCAAAAAACGGGCAGAAGGGCCCUUGUCCCCAGGGCCCGCAAAUGUAUGGGGCGUUCCAGAGCAGGGGAAUAUCCCUGAGACCGCCGACAAGCCAAGGAGAGCCACUCCAGGUUCGGCGGGACUGGACCUCUGUGCCACCUCCAGGGCAAUAUUAA